AUGGGAGGAAGAGGAGGGGGAAGGCAGGGAAAGAGAGGCAGGGGAGGAAGGAGAGGGCAGGCAGAGAAAGAGAGGCAGGGGAGGAAGAGGAAGGCAUGCAGGGAAAGAGAGGCAGGGAAGGAAAAGGAGGGCAGGCAGGCAGGCAGGAAAAGAGAGGCAGAGGAGGAAUGGGAGGACACGCAGGGAAAGAGAGGCAGAGGAGGAAGGGGAGGCAGGCAGGGAAAGAGAGGCAGGGAAGGAAAAGUAGGGCAGGCAGGCAGGAAAAGAGAGGCAGAGGAGGAAGGGGAGGACACGCAGGGAAAGAGAGACAUGGGAGGAAGAGGAGGGGGCAGGCAGGGAAAGAGAGGCAUGGGAGGAAGGGGAGGGCAGGCAGAGAAAGAGAGACAGAGGAGGAAGGGGAGGACACGCAGGGAAAGAGAGACAUGGGAGGAAGAGGAGGGGGCAGGCAGAGAAAGAGAAGCAUGGGAGGAAGAGGAGGGAAGGCAUGGAAAGAAAGGAAGGGGAUGGAAGGGCAGUCAGGCACGGAAAGAGAGGCAGGGGAAGGAAUGGGAUGGCAUACAGGGAAAGAUAGGAAGGGGAGGGCAGGCAGGCAGGGAAGGAGAGGCAGGGGAGGAAGAUGAGGGGAGGGCAGACAGGGAAAGAGAGGCAUGGGAGGAAGGGGAGGGGAGGGCAGGCAGGGAAAGAGAGGCAUUGGAGGAAGGGGAGGGCUGGUAG